AUGGGCAACGACCUUGAGAUCAAACAGGCUCAAGACGGAGAACCCAUCUCCGAAACACCAUCGCACAACGGUGAUCUCUACGAACGGCGUCUCUCCCAAGCCGAAUGGGCUCAAUAUGGCCAAACCAAACGAGGUCUCACGCCCCGCCACGUACAAUUGAUGGCCAUCGGAGGAUCCAUCGGGACGGGCCUCUUCGUUGGAAUCGGCGGCAGUCUUUCCCGCGCUGGUCCCCUGUCACUUCUCCUGGGUUACCUGUUCUGGGGCAUCUUGUUUGUUUGGCCAUGUAACUUGUGCGUCGCCGAAAUGUGCGCCUGGUUGCCCGUGCGCGGGACCAUUUUCGAACUCGCCGGUCGUUAUAUCGAUCCUGCGUUGGGCUUUGCCAUGGGUUGGACUUAUUUCUUCGCCGGCGCCAUGUUGGUCUGCACCGAAUAUUCUGCCGUGGCCACCGUCAUGCAAUACUGGACGACCGAUGUGAAUCCCGCCGUCUGGAUCACGAUGUGCCUCGUGGUUUGUUUGGUCUUGAACCUCGUUGCUGUUAGAUGGUACGGUGAAUCGGAAUUCCUCAUGGCCUCGACCAAAAUCUUGCUUCUGAUCGGCUUGAUCCUGCUCACGUUCAUCACCAUGGUCGGAGGCAAUCCCCAACAUGACGCCUAUGGUUUCCGCUACUGGAAGAAUGGUCUUGCCAUGCAUCCCUACUACAGUGACGGCGCCACUGGUCGAUUUCUCGGUUGGUGGAGCGUCGUCCGGUACGCGGCCUUCACCGUUGCCGGACCCGAUCUCAUCUCUCUGGCCGCUGGAGAGAUCCAAAACCCUCGCCGAACCAUUCCUCGGGUGGCCAAGCUGGUUUUCUACCGCCUGGUGGGCUUUAAUGUGGUCGGCGUUCUUUGUGUCGGAAUCAUCUGCUCUUCACGCGACGCUCGACUGCUCGGCGCAAUCGAGAAUGGCGACGCAGGUGCCGCAGCUUCUCCCUGGGUCAUUGGAAUUGAAAAUCUCGGCAUCACCGGUCUUCCUGGAUUCAUCAAUUUUUUGAUUCUCCUCUCUGGUUGGUCGUGUGGAAACGCCUAUCUCUACUCUUCCAGCCGAACAUUGUACUCCCUCGCCCGUGAUGGCCAGGCACCCAAGAUCUUCAUGAAAUGCACCAAAUCCGGUAUUCCGAUCUACUCAGUCAUUGCCGUCAGUUUGAUCUCUUGCAUCACCUACCUAGUCGCCUCCGACUCAGCUGUCACGGUGUUCUUCUGGUUCGUCUCCCUGACGACCAUUGCCCUCAUCCUCACAUAUACGGGCAUGUUGUGGACGUUCAUUGGCUGGUACCGCGCCGUGAGGGCUCAGGGACUCGAUCGCAAUACUCUACCCUAUCAAGCCCCUUUUGCGCCGUACAGCGCCUGGUUCGCCAUUGGAGUUGGGUGUUUGGUCAUGCUUUUUAUUGGUUUCGACGUCUUUGUGCCGUGGAGCACCGAGGGUUUCGUGACCUCGUACUUUGGUCUAGCCUUUGGCGUCGUCAUGUUUGUGUUCUGGAAAGUCGUCAAGAAAACGCGCUGGACUGACCCAAAGACCUGCGAUAUUUACAGUGGCAAGGCCGAGAUCGAUCAGGAGUGCAAGCACUGGGAGGAAGGCGGGUUGGAGGAGAAUGAGAGACGACGACUGGCACAGAUGAAUUUCAUCCGGAGGACUUGGGAGAGGAUGUGGUAG